AUGACUAUCUAUCGCCUGUGUUGUAUGAAUUCCUCAGUCGCUACAUGCGCAUCAGCUUAUCUGAUGUCAGCUUCACAUAGCUGCGCCGCGGAUAGUCAUUGCAGCUUUCAAAGUGGCGCUCGCAUACAUACAAAAAGAAUAUUCACAGAAAAAUCAAAUGCUGUCGAAGCGCAAAAGAGUUGUGAUUGGUCAACGAAUCUACCUAAUGACAAAGAUAUCAUCAUUCUGUCUUUCAACCCACUAUCGUGCAGAAUACAUGCUGCGAUGUUACCCUCCGAGUACAUCUUCGUCCCGAUCAAGAAACAUCUGACAACAUUAUCACCAUUUUCGGAAGUUGCUUUACGAGCAGUGUAA